UUCCGAUGUCAGUUAUUAGUACGAGUUAUACCUUCUUUUCAUCUUAAAUUAUCGAAAUAUUAGUUUCUUUGGAGUCUUAUUAUCAUUUCGAAAAUAGACAGAAUUUCGAUUUCGGAGAAAAAAGUGUCAUGGUCAUGUUAAUUUGUACGAGUAACCUUCUUUGUUUUGUUACUGAUGUCAAAUUACUGGUCAUAUAUAUUUUUUUGUCACAAAUUAUAUCAGUUUUGAUACAUUUUUGACAUUUGCCAUUUUACAAAAUUUGUGAUCGCUUGUUUCUACCUUUUAUGAUAAUUAUUUACUAGAAAUGGAUCCCUUGAAUUUAGAUUCAGGAGAUAAUAAUAAAUCUCCAAGGUCUGUGGACGAUACUAAAGAAAUAACUGAAAAAUAUCAGACGAAUGAAAGUUCUGAAAGACAAAAACAAGUGGGAUGUCUGCAAAGUUUCAAACAAGACGAUACUAUAACUCCCAAAAUGAUUGAAGACAACGAAUCAAAAUUAAAAGAGAGAAUAGCUCAAUGCCGAGAUAUCAUAGAGUCUUUGAAACUUGAACUGAACAAGGAAAAAUCUAAAUUAGGUAAAGACAACAAAAAUUGUGAAGAACCAACUGUCUCGGAUUAUAAUCCAUCAGUCCCUCGAGACACAUAUAAUGCAGAGUUGUUAUUAGGUGAUCUAUAUUCUAGUGAUAUGUACAGCACUAGUGUUGACGAUAGACUUAACUGUGAUGAAAGCCUUAUUGAAUAUGAAAAGCAACUGCAAAGAUAUCAAAAUACAUUAAAUAUGGCUCAAAUAGAGAAAAAAAAUGCUAUUAGGAAACAAAUGUUAGCAAAAGCAUUCAAACUAAAAUUACUGGAGGUUGAAAACCAAUGUAAUAUUGAGUUGCUUCGAGUGAAGCAGAGUUUACAGUGUCUAGAACCAUUGCAAAUGAUCGCUAAUAAAUGGAAAACUUGUAAUAAUUCCACAUACGACAUUGAUAAUUUUGAACUUAUACCUAGAUUUCCUGAACUAAGCGCCAAUUCUGGAAGUGAUAUAAACUCAUUCAGAGAAGAUUGCGAUAGUAAAGCUUCACCAGAGAAAUCCGUAAUUUGUGCAUUGGAAGGCUUUUCUUAUGAGUAA